AAUAUUAUGCUCCUGCAACAUUCCCAGCUCUCACUUUCUCUCCAACACCAAGUAUUAGUUGCCCCAAUUUGCCGCGACACCCUUUAAGUUAUCUGAGAUAACAUAAAUGUGAGGGAGGGUGACAAUCAUAUAUAUGAUCUCGGAAGCACUCCAACAGUCUUUCAUGGAUACCAAGCUUAGCACGUCAAAUCUACCGUGGAUAUGGGUGAUUGAAACAUUGGCAAGUUCCAAUGAGAUAGACACGUCUUUACUCAUCGAUUUGGUUAAGCAGACUCCUGAAGUUUCAGAUGAUAUGGGGAGAAAUGCAAGGGAACUGGUCUCUUUGAGAUUCUUGGAGACCUUGUCUGUCCAGGAAAUGUCAAAUGCAAACGAUGUCGCUUUAGUUCUGAGUGAUAAAAUUGAAUUUGACCGAUCAGUUCGCUCUGAAGAUGUCCUCCGUCGCUUAUUCUCGGGGGUCUCAUCUGAUCAAAAAAUGGCUGGGCCUGAGGUGUCCAAAUGGGAUGUUCAGUCAUUUAUUACCAAGAAAAGAUCUUGCUUGCCAAAAUGUGCUCUGCAACAAAUUAAGGAUGCUAUUCUAGAUACUACCAAUCCUCUUUGUGCAUCCUUGAGAGAAAAGAGUGGAUUGGAGGUCGGCAGUCACUCCAGAGAUGGAGAUCGUUUUAAUACUGUUGAUUUAAAUGGCAUUAAGCAGAGUCAUGAAGUAAGAGGCACUGAUGGUCAACAUGAACAUGUUUUACCAAAUGAGAAUGCAAUUCCUCUUUCAUGGGGCAAUGAGAGUGGCCUGCAAGAUAAUCAACCGAGGACUCUGGUGCCUUCUAAGAGGAGAAUCGAUACCUUUACUGUUAAUGAAAGAAAAUACAGCGAAACUGAACCCAUAUCAAAGGACAGUUCUGAUCGUUGCGUAAAGGCGUCCAAAAAGUUUAAACAGGAAGUCAUUAGUCCCAGGUGCAAUGUAGUCCAUGGUUUUGAAUCAUCUCAAAGAGAUGGAGAUUCAGCAGAAUUAUCUGCUGGAAAUCCCCAAGCUAUCGUCCGAAAAGGGAACUUGGAAAGUAGAGCUCUUGUUGGAGGCUUGGAUGGUAGUUGUGAGCGUGCGGCAUCAAAAAUGGUUAGACAGAGCAUUGGUCGUGAUGAGCUCUUGCCUCAAAAAGUGAUUUCUGAGGGAAAGGUUCAAAAUGUUGGAAGUAGCAGCAAACCUUCUGCUGAAUUGAGAACAUCCAGUGGCUCAUCACAGCAGGUAGUUCAUCAAGAUUCUCGCAUUCAUGGAACUGAAGAACAUCGGGAGUGCAAUCGGGGAGAUUUAUUCAAAGAUGAACCUUCUAAAGGAGCCAAAAAUAAUGCUAUGGAAGAUGAUAAACCUGAGGUCUCUAGUGACAGUGAUGGAUAUCACAAUGAGAAGACUGGCCUUUCAGCAAAGAGAGAUGAUUUCGUUAACUGCUCUCAAUGCACUCAGGGUCAAGAUUCCUUAGCAACUCAAAAUGGUAGAGAGCUCAAUCUCUGUGUGAAGUGUAAUGAAGGUGGGCAACUGUUGGUUUGUAGUUCAGGCAGCUGCCCUUUGGUGGUUCAUCAGAGCUGCUUGGAUUCUGUCCCCAGCUUCGGUAAUGAAGGAAACUUCUAUUGCCCCUUUUGUGCAUAUUCUCAAGCAAUUUCUGAGUACCUGGAGGGCAAAAAGAUGGCCUCGCUUGCUAGGAAAGAUUUGGCUUCAUUCGUUGGUGUUGGAGCUAGGCGACGAUCAAAGAAAUCCUCACGUAGCUCACAUAGAAUAAAGAAGAAUCAGUCUAGAGAGGAUGAAGAACUGUGCCGUGAUAAUAACAUUAAGGAAUCUUUGAAUAAAGUCACGGGACCCAGGAGUGCUCCAGUCAGUAGAAGUUCCUUGGACAGUGAAGUUAUGGAGAUGCCUUCACCUCAACCAGGGGCGUCUGUGCCUCAUGAACCCGUGGCAGCUGGACAAAAAUCCAAGAAAUCGCCACCCAGAUUGCAUAGAUUAAAGCAGAAGCUGUCCAGAGAGCAAGAAGAAUUGUGUCCCAAUGAGAACAGCAGUAAGAACUCUUUGAAUGAGGUCCAAGAACCAGGAAACGCUCCAGUCUGUAAAAGCUCUCCGAAUGCUGAGGUUGCACAGACUGGCUCACCUCAAACAGAGACCUUUGCACCUCCUGAACUUGUGCGCGGACAGACUUCUUUUGUAGAAGAAAGUUCUGAAGAUGAAGAUGUGACCGCUUCCAAAUAUUGUGUGCGAUUCAGGAACGCAGACAAGAACUAUUUCUUUAGAUUUGCAGUACCUAUCUUGCAAUUCCUCAAGUGAGGCAGAAGCACCUCCAUCGAAAAAGUAGAGGAAGAAGCACUAAAGGACGGAGUGUAUAUAUUUUCAAAGUUUUUCGGAUAGAUGAAAGAAGAUUUUGGAAUCUGGAACUGAUCGGUCUCAGACGGUCCCCUUUUAAGAUUUUACCAGCUAGGACUGAUCCCCCAAACUAGGAUUCUGAAUCUUAGGGGGCCGCAGACCGAGUCCUUUACCAGGUUUAUUGGCAUUUUAGCAAUGAGGCUAGCCAAGCACAUUGUACAUUGUUCUGGACUUCUGGUAAUUUUCUGUCCUUGGUGGGUAAAGAAAAGGCUUAAAAAUAGUGUACUAUGCCCCUUUACCAAGUUCAGUGAUAUGCUAGCCAAUAGUUGCACAUUAUUUUUUGUAAAUCUUUGACCCUAGGUGGCUAUAGAAUGGCUUAAAUAGUUUGCUAUGUCCUUUACCAGGUUUAGUGAUAUGUGAAAUUGUGAAUUGAGCUAUAAAGCUAGUGAAGAAUUACAUGUUGUUCAUGUAGUUUUUUGCCCUGUGGGGGCAUAGAUCGUAAGAUAGUAAUGUCCUUAGUUUAGUACAACCAACUUGUAUGAUCCUGCGGGUGUCAAUCGAUCUUUAAAAACCGAUUGCCCAACCGAA